AUCAACAUCGACACCACACUCAACAUCUUCGUGGACCCAAAUUCAUCACACCAUCGCCCCGCGGUACGGAUCUUUCCCCUUGAUACAAUCCCGGCUCUCCCUACGUUGUUUUGACUGACUGGUGUCCAUUAGUCCAGUCCACAUUCUCCCGCCUUCACCAACAGAGCCAGACAACCACUCGUAUAGUAUUCAGCAAGAUCGGGAUCCACCGCCGUUGAACUUAUAUAAGAAUAGAGCCAGUGACCCAAAACGACAUAAACUACCACUAUCUAUUUGGUUGCAGUCGUCACUAUCUGUUUAUUUUUGUUCAUUUUCCAUUUCGUAUAUUGAACCUGAUAUCAUUUUUCAUCUUGAUUUGGAUUCUGAAAUCCAUAAAUCAAAUUUUUGAUUGAUAACACCAUUUCAUUAUUGACAAUCUUCCGACCAUAUCGCCAGAUUUUGAUACAACAUCGAUCCUAUAUCACCAUAUUUCGAUUCGAUUUAAUCACACAUCUAUUGAUAUUCAUCGAUUGUUUGACUUUGUUCUGAACGUCCUUAGAUUCUGAUAUUCUCACUAUUCUAGACUUUCAAUCUAGUAGUAUCACCUUCCAUUGAUACUCCGUUGUUUCCCUUUGCAUUUCUCCUUGUAUAAUCAACAUAAUCAACAACCUCCCCCAGCAUACAAUUCAUCAUGUCUCGUGCUCAAUUGUCCACCAACCCAGCCGCUUUAGCCGCUGCUGCUGCCUCCCAUAACCCUUCAGGCAACAGCACGUCAUCAUCAAACAACCUGUCUGUUGUAGGCUUGCACUACAAGAUCGGCAAGAAGAUCGGCGAAGGCUCUUUCGGUGUUAUCUUCGAAGGUACAAACAUAAUAAAUGGAGUCCCUGUAGCCAUCAAGUUUGAACCCAGAAAGACUGAGGCUCCUCAGUUAAGAGACGAAUACCGUACCUACAAACACUUGCAAGGAUGCGAAGGUAUUCCCAAUGCCUACUACUUUGGCCAAGAGGGUUUGCACAACAUCUUGGUCAUCGAUUUGUUGGGACCCUCAUUGGAAGACUUGUUUGACUGGUGUGGCCGCAGAUUCUCGGUUAAGACCGUUGUUCAGAUAGCUAUCCAGAUGUUGAACUUGGUAGAAGAUGUCCAUCGCCACGAUCUUAUUUAUAGAGAUAUCAAGCCCGAUAACUUCUUGAUUGGACGUCAGGGUUUGCCAGAUGAAAACCACGUUCAUUUGAUCGAUUUUGGUAUGGCCAAACAGUACAGAGAUCCUAGAACUAAGCAGCAUAUUCCAUACAGAGAAAAGAAGUCGUUAAGUGGAACUGCUCGUUACAUGUCUAUCAACACCCAUUUGGGCAGAGAACAAUCGAGAAGAGACGAUCUAGAAGCACUUGGCCAUGUGUUUUUCUACUUCUUAAGAGGCCAAUUGCCAUGGCAGGGUUUGAAGGCUCCUACCAAUAAGCAAAAAUACGAAAAGAUUGGUGACAAGAAGAGAACCACACCAGCUGUGACUUUGUCUGACGGUUUACCCAGACAGUUUGCUGAGUACUUGGACUCUGUAAGAAGCUUGCCAUUUGACUCUGAACCUGCCUAUGAAGAAUACAGAAUGUUGUUGUUGUCGGUUUUGGACGAUUUGGGCCAAACUUGUGAUGGUGACUAUGACUGGCUUCAUCUUAACGGUGGAAAAGGAUGGGAUGCUACCAUUAAUAAAAAACCAAACUUGCACGGCUAUGGCCACCCCAACCCACCUAACGAGCGCGAAAGAAGACAUCGCGACCAAAGAAGAAGCAGACAACAUCAACAACAGCAAAAUGGACAACAGCCUCAAUCACAGCAACAACUUUCUGCCGCUCAAUUACAUCAACAAAAAUUGCAGCACUUGGUCAACAGACCAUUACCUCCUAUCAAACAGGAGUCGCAAGGUGCUGGAGGAUUACCUCUUAGCAACUUGAACGGAAACGGCGAGAUGUUAGGUGCCACAAACUCCGCCAUCAACAACCAACCAACCAGCGCCAAGUAUGAGGCCAGUCCACAGAACAGAGUUGGCCAAUACGAACAACAACAAAUGGUUGAAGACCACGACGAACACAAGGGAUUCUGGUCCAAGAUAUGCUGUCAAUAAAACUGAACUUUUUCUAAACUUUACAUUGUUACUUUCGAUCUUUUAGUUGAUUCAUCCGUUUUUAUAUCGAUUAUACUAAUUCAAUUCAUCACGAUUUCUAUAUAGCUAAUAAUAAUUCUGAUUAUUAUAAAA